AUGAUAAAUCAGAUAUUACGAAAAAUAAUUGCUUCUUCAAGAUCCGAAAGCCAUUGUAUACAAAGCGAAUUUAACAGAAUAGUAAAAGAUUUAAUGAUAAAUGCGUUUGAAUUAGCGCUCUGGGCACUUUAUUUAGAAAAAUUGCCAUUUAGAAAAUUAAAUAAAAUUGAAGAAGAGUUACUUAUAUUUUCGGUUUUUAAAGCAAAAUCAGAGUUAGUUGAUGAUAUACAGCCAUAUUUUCCAUUUUUGGCACAGAAAAGACCUGAAUUCAAAAAUAAAUAUUUAAGAUGGGCUUUAGCAAAUAAAAAGAUCUUGGUUUACACAUCUAAUGAAAUAAAUGAUAAAUUCAAAAAGCUUGCAAAUACUGCCUAUAUUGAUGAAAGUUUUCCAGAUAAUAUCAAUAUAAACUGUAUAGGCGAUGCCUAUAAAGAGCUGAUUCUUACUUCAAGUCUAACAACUUUUCCUAAUCUUAUAGCUUAUCUCAAUGAGAAUGAGUAUGCGAGAUAUAAAAUAAAAGAAUACUUAGCAAGUUCCAUGUCCUCGAAAAGGCAUAAAAUUCAACAAGAUAUAGAACCAAAUCAAUAUGAAGAAAAAUAUUAUUUUGAAAUUGAAGGCCAGGUUUUUGUUCUUGAAGUUAUAAAGCAAAUAAAAGAAGAAAAAGAAGUUUUAUUGUUCAAAAUCAAAGGAGGAAGAAAUAAAAGUGUUAAAUCAAGGAAUUUAAUACAAUCAUGAUUAAAUAUCAAAAAAUUAUAA